CUAGAAUCCCUCAAGCCAAAUGGUGUAUAUAGCUCAUUGCCUUAUCCAAAUAUUUCACGAUUUGGUGGCUGCACUCUCGGAGAAAGGGGAAAAAUGGCGUCUCUUCUGGGUUGCACUCCUUGGUCUCUCAUGCCCCUGACCUCCUCACGACAUGCGUUCGCACCGCCUGUUACAUCAUCAAUCCUUGUUCAUCUCUCUGUGCCAACCUCCACAUUCAGAAAAACCAUAAAUUUUGGCAACUGGGCUUCUGCUUGUCGAUCAAGAUCUAUCAAUUUCGUGCUCUCAGGAACACUCACUCUGGGAUUAUCUCUCACAGGAGUUGGCUUUGCUGAUGCAAAAGUUGGUGUUAACAGGCCAGAAUUGCUUCCUAAAGAAUUUAGUCCAGUGAUUGAUGUUGCUGGGUUCCUAUCUGAUGGCCAGGAGAAAAGACUUGCACAAGAGAUUGCUGAUAUUGAAAAAGAUACUGGAUUCAAGUUGAGGCUUCUAGCUCAGAAUUAUCCGGAAACACCAGGUUUGGCAAUUAAAGGUUUCUGGCAAGUGGAUGACAGAACUAUAGUCUUUGUCGCUGACCCAACUUUUGGUAACAUAUUAAAUUUCAAUGUGGGGGCCGCAGUUGAUUUAGACAUACCACGUAGCUUCUGGGGUCGUUUGGCCGGGAAAUAUGGAAACAUCUUUUAUUGGAAAGAGAAGGGUGAAGAUGCAUCUAUUGAAGCUGCUGUUAUGGCAAUAUCAAAUUGCUUGAGAGAACCUGUUGGCCCUAGUAACUGCGUGGAGGUAAAAUAAUUUCACUGCAUGUAUAGUACAGAACAACAUGUUCUUUUUACUUCUACUAAUGCACUAAGUGCAGCUCAUGAAAAGUAACGUAAUAAGUUAUGUAAAUCUUCUUCGAAUUGUAUUCUGGGGAGUAUAAUCUUUUGUAAUUGAAACUACUCCAAGUUGCAGAAAUGCAUCAUCAUAGUCUCCAUAUGGAGUUAUGUUUUGAUCUA